GCCAAACGCACCGCAAAUAUUUCUCUUCCUGCAAAUCUAGAAGCCAAAAGUUCCUCUCUUUUUUCCUUUAUUUGGUCACAGAAAGCCAAUAGUUCCUCUCAGCUCUUCAUCAAUGGAAGAUCCCAACCCAGCCCAGCCCACAGUCACGCAAAUCGCGAACCCCCCAAACUCUGAAGAAGCUCUCGCUCCACAGCCUCCCCCGUCUUCUCUUCCUCCCAAGACCAAGAAGAGACCCCUUGACAAUGAUGCCCAUAUCUCCAACUCCAGCUACUUCAAGGUUCGCGCCGUCCUCAAGGAGAUUCGUCCUCAUUUUCUUGAGGUUCUCCGGACCCCUGACUUUCGAUUAUGCAAGGCGGCCAAUGACAUCCAAGAACAAGUGAAGCUUCUGAUGGAACUAUACAAACAGAUGACAGCAGAAGCAGUUUCCACAGCAAGAUGUAAGAAUGUGCCGGAAGGCCAGCCUUUAUCAGGUGAAAAGUCCCAAGAUACUAGAGCUUCUGGAAAACCAUCAGAAAAUAAAUUUCCGUCAGGUAUAUCCAGCGAGAAGGCUGAAGAUGGUCAAAUUCAAGGGACAUAUGUUGUUGGAGGUUCAGCUUUUGGCUGGAAUUUCAUCACCUUUUUAGGCAGUGACCCAGUCUACUGUGGGAUAACAAAGGAGUCAUUUCGAGCUAAUGGGAGCAAAGUAACAGUAACAUAAUCCUACUGUUCUAUGGUCUGGUUGAAGUACAUUAAGUAGGGAUAUAAAAUGCUCUCUGAUUCUUGCUAUCUCAAUGUUGCUUGAAUGGUAGGGCAAGCAGAGAUUCUUGAACCAUGCUCCAUGAUAUUAGUAUAAAAGGGAUACAUUGAUUAUUUGAUAAAUGGAAAUGGGUGUAAUGUUUUCAUUUGAAUGAGUUGUACACUAUGAUUCUUCAAAAGGGAUCAGCUAAGAUGAUGUAAUAUUCCGAUUUCUGAUAAGUUUGGCAUGUAAUUUUACACUUGAGAUUAAGAAUGAAAUUUGUGACAGUAAUCCCAGAAAGAUGGGUUGUUUGA